AUGAUGAAGGAAGGAGACGAGGAAGAGAAGAGACAAGCUAAUGGGUUUCUGGAUUGUUAUUUACCUGCACUUAGGCUGUACCUGCUUGGGUUGAGAGUUCUAAUUAAUCAAUUGAUCUGCCGUCCCUUCACGUUGCCAGAGCUGGCCUUACAACAUGGCAAAGUUGCUAUAGUGACGGGAGGCACCAGGGGAAUUGGCUAUGAGACCUCAAGACACAUGGCCCGCCUGGGGGCCCACAUUAUCAUAGCUGGACAGAAUGAGCUGAAGGGUGUGUCUGUUGUGAAGAGCAUUUGUGAGGAGAACAGAGAGGCCAAAGUGGAGUUUGAUCAGUUGAAUCUGGCAUCUUUGCAGUCAGUCAGGCAAUUUGUCCAGAGUAUCAAGAGACGAGGCCUACCGCUGCCCAUCUUAGUCAACAAUGCGGCGGUCAUGUUGGUCCCUGAGGGUCGUACAGAUGAGGGCUUGGAGGUUCACUUUGGGGUCAACUACCUAGGUCACUUCCUGUUGACCUUGCUGCUGUUAGACACAUUAAAGCAUUCUGGGAAACGUGGUUCCUGCUCACGUGUUGUCACCCUCUCCUUGUCCGCUCAUGGUGCUGGAGAGAUACAACUAGACAGCCUGCUAAACAGGCAGUGUUAUUCGGGCCAAGCGGCGUGCUCCCAGAGUAAGCUGGCACUACUGUUAUUUUCCUCCCACCUGCAACAGAGGCUGGAUAGAGGAGGGUUUCCAGUGGACCCUGGGAUGGUCGACACUUCACUCUACUGCCACCUCUUCCCCACCGCCCGCCUCGCACAGACAGCCAUCGCACGCCUGCUCUUUAGGAGCCCGUCCCAGGGAGCGUCCACGGUCCCCUACACUGCUCUGUCUCCGUCUCUGGAGGGGGAGGGAGGAGCCUACUGGAGCAAUGGGCGCACAGAGAUGACAUCACCAAACACCUACGACCCACAGCUCCAUCGCGGCCUCUGGGACUCCAGCUGCAGACAAGUUGCCCUGCCAUGACCCCUGACUUUCAACCCCUGACCCUGACCCCCAACAUGGGACUGGAUGUCUGAGACCCAACACUUAGUCUGUCUGACUGGUGUUGUCUUUGUUUUGACUAUCUCCUCACCACCAGACUGUGAUUGGACUGAUGACGACCAUGGCUAGACUUUGAUUGGUUAGUAAAGAGUUAAGUCCCUUCACAUGCUGUUCAAAUGAAUGUGCUAAUGGGAAUGAAGCAACCUUCUCCCUCUGGCACUGUGAACAUACACACACAUACACUAUGUUAAGGGUAUUCAUUGUGCUGCUAUGAGUGUCUGUAGCGCCACUAUGAGUGUUAAUAGUGACCUUAUAAGUGUUCAUAGCAACCUUAUGACUGUUGGUUGACAGAUCAGAUCUUCCAGAACAGAAAGCACCUUCCCUCGAUGGGAGAACUUACUUUUGUCAUAAACAAGUGUCAUCAGUGUAUGUGUCUGUGUGUACUUGUCAUCAGUGUGUGUGUGUGUGUGUGUGCUUAUUAUGAUGUUAGAAGCAUCCAGGAGCAUCUGGUGUUCUGAUCCAUCUGUGAAGCAUAUACUGACCCCUGCCCGAGUGGAGGUUCCAGGACCAAUGAACAAGCCAGCACGGUAACAUCAGUGAAUCACAGCCUGAAACUGAUAUUUUCAGUUCUUGUGAAAGCAAAGGGUAUUUUGUGGAAUUCUUGCCAAAGCUGCUGGUUUCCUCUCCAGGGGGCAGAAAUCAUCUGAGAGAAAGUCUUUAAAUUGUGUCCCGCCUCCUGGGCUGUGAAUCACACACACACCUGUCUCAUGGUAUUUCUCUUUUACUGUUAGAGCUGAGCGAUAGUUUAUCAAUAUGCACAUAUCACCUCUCUCAA